UAACAGUUCCAACAUGCAGUCCUUCGUAGUGUGCCUGCUGGUGCUCGUGGACUGCGCUGCGGCUGCGCCCCAGAGGGAAGGAGCCGCCUUCUCCAACGAAGCCAUCAAACAGGUACAGAACGCAUUCCUCAUCCCUAAGGAUGCUAAAAUACAGAAGGUCCAGGAAGGCAUCGAGCUAGCAGCGUACGAGUCGAUCCCCGGCAACCAGAGGAUCAAUCUCUUCGAGAUCCUCGGUGACCAAGUCCCCUCAGAGGUUAUCAACAACCUCCAGGGCCAAAUCGACCAAGUCGGGCGCAACUAAGUCUAUACUCCUACCAGUACGGCUAAGAUGGUCGCCACUCGCCACUUUAUCGUCUGUCACUAUGCCUAUCACGUUCUAACGUAUUGAGCGCAAAAGUGACGCAUGACGGGACAGGUGAAAAAACCACGACCAUGCUACCGCCGCAGUAACGGGGAAAAAAUGAAGAAGAUCCAACCGUGCUGGUUUCAACACGAAGACGUUAUUUAUUGGUGACGCAAGUACAAUACAGUGAAUGUGAUAUUGUGCAACGUCUUUUAUACAUUUGUACAUAAAUUAUAUUUAAAUAAAGUGGUCGCGCGACGUCCAA